AUGGAGGACUCACUUCGGAAUUUGAGACUUGAAACGAGUGACCGCGAAAGUCAAUAUGGUUACGUCUACGCUGUGUCAGGUCCUGUGGUCACGGCAUCAUCCAUGGCUGGUUCGGCCAUGUACGAGCUGGUUCGCGUGGGCCACGGCGAGCUGGUGGGCGAAAUCAUUCGUUUGGAAGGCGAUUUGGCCACCAUUCAAGUGUAUGAAGAGACCUCCGGAGUGACCGUCGGUGACCCGGUGCUGAAGACGGGCAAACCAUUAUCGGUCGAACUCGGACCGGGAAUUGUGAAUAACAUCUUUGAUGGUAUUCAGCGUCCGCUAAAGGGAAUUUGUGAUCUCACUCACUCUAUCUACAUUCCAAAGGGUGUCAACAUUCCAUCUUUGGAUUGCACGGUCGAGUGGGAGUUCACACCUACAGCCUCUUUGCGGCCGGGUAUGCACAUCACUGGUGGAGAUAUUUAUGGUGUGGUUCAUGAGAACACCUUAGUCAAACAUCGGAUCAUGUUGUCACCAAAAGCCCAGGGGACUAUUCGGUGGAUUGCUCCUGCAGGCCAUUACACAAUCAAGGACAAAAUUCUUGAGAUCGAAUUCGAUGACCAAGUCAGUCAUCAUUCAAUGCUGCAAAUUUGGCCCGUUCGUCAACCACGCCCGGUCGCGGAAAAACUGCCGGGUAAUCAUCCACUUCUCACCGGACAGCGAAUCUUGGAUGCUUUGUUUCCGUAA